AUGGACUACAAUGAAGUUUUUGCCCACUCGAUUCAGAGAAUCCCAGCAAGCAACCAUUGUGCACCGUUAAUUUUAUCCGUGCCUGCGCUUGCAAAACGUCAAAAUGUUACUAUCACUGCGUAUGAUUUUUCUGAAGCUCAGGCUGGAAAGGAUAUUUGUGACAGAAAAAUCGCCUCAUUAAAAGCACAUAUCCAACGAUAUAUUAAUGAGGACCACAAUGUUACAACGGCAUCUGAGAUGUUUGAUGCAUGUAGGUCGUAUAACGGAGUGCGCGGCUGCUACGUUAGUGUCAUGAACAUUGAUGAAACAGUAAUAAGUGAACGCGUCACAUGGACUGGAAUCACUACAAUGACCAAUUUCACUUAUGAAGAAAAUGGUGUAAGGGUUUGGAAAGCGUUUGGAAUCGGAAAAGGAGUACUACACAGUUAUGAUAAACUCUUACGGAAAAAUGAGUGUAAUGUGCGGCCAAUGUUCACUGUGGUGGAAUAUUCCACUCCUCAAAUAUAUACUGGUGCUGCGCAUCGUACCACUGAAACACUUUUCUCCUGUUCAGAACAAAGCAAGGAUGAUUGGUUGAAUUCGAGACAAAUUGCCUCUUACUUUUCAAGAUUGGCCGCCUUGCAAAAAUGUGGACACCUAGAUGCAGAAUCAAAUAAGCCUGCGACAACCAUUGAUGUGGAAAAUAACGACUGUAAUAUUGUAGAACAGGUGGUGGAACGACGUCGCCUACGACGAAGAAUAAUAUCCGAUUUGGAUGAAUAA